AUGUUUAAACCGAAUUUCAUAGGGUAAUCCAAAUCACUCCCCUAAGAUGACUUUGAAAAGUAUAUCAAGACAACCUUAUAGGAAAAUUAUUACAUGUCUUGUUUAGAUACAUGUUUUACUGAUUACUCUACUCCCAUUUCAGGACAAGAGAAAGUUUGUUUGGCCAAAUGUUUAGAUAGAGCUUACGACUCCUUGAGACUUGUCUAAAAGAUCAUUGAUCCCUUUGACAGUCUGAAAUAGAAGAAAUUUUACUACAAAUUAGAUGGACAAAAUGUGUUAGGCUUGAAGAAGGAUUAAAUGUUAUGA